GACAUGAUACACAUUAUUGUACACCUAGUAUAAAUGACACAGCACUUGACCCCAUUAUUCCCAAAAAGAAAGGAAAAAACACAUAAAAAUAGAAGCAGCAGCUUCCAGCUUCCAUUAUUAUAUACUGUACGAUGAUGGAGUGUACAAAGCUUUUAGCGAUGCUUCGAUUCUUCAUGUUCUCUUAUUUAGUACUAACCCCAUCCUACCUCUGUGUUUUUUCUUCCAGAAUUCAUAAAUCUCCGGUGUUAAUGAAACUGGAAGCUAAGGAUGUUUCCCACGUUUCAUCAAAGUUGAAUACCAAUAAGCCACCGGAAAAGCUCUGGUUCAACCAUAAUGUCACUUUGACGGCCACCCUUUCCGUCGGCUCGCCGCCGCAGACGGUUACCAUGGUCCUCGACACAGGGAGUGAGCUCUCCUGGCUUCACUGUAAAAGCUCCCCAAACGCGGCCUCCCCUUUCUCUCCCUCGCUCUCCAGCUCUUAUUCUCCCGUCCCCUGUUCUUCCCAGACUUGCACGGCCCAGACCCGGGAUUUCACCAUACCCGCUUCCUGCGACCCGAAUAACCUCUGCCACGCCAUCCUCUCCUACGCUGAUUCUUCCUCCGCCGAAGGUAACCUCGCGACGGAGAAUUUCCGGGUCGGCGAUUCGGAUCUCUCCGGCGUGGUGUUCGCGUGCAUGGACUCUGAGACCAGCUCCAACCCGGAUGAAGAUGCCAAGACUACCGGGUUGUUGGGUCUGAACCUGGGCGCCCUUUCUUUCGUUUCUCAAAUGGGUGCUUCGAAGUUCUCGUAUUGCAUUCCGGGUCCGGAUUCCGCCGGCGCUCUUCUAUUCGGGGAGACCCAGUACCCGUGGCUGAAGCCUCUGAGUUACACUCCUUUGGUUCGGGUGUCGACCCGAUUGCCGUCUUUCGACCGGGUUGCAUAUACGGUCCAGCUGGCAGGAAUCAGGGUUGCGAAUACGGUUUUGGACAUACCCGAAUCUGUUUUGAAACCGGACCAUACGGGUGCGGGUCAAACCAUGGUGGAUUCGGGCACCCAGUUCACUUUCCUGCUCGGCCCGGCCUAUACUGCUCUCAAAGACGAGUUCACAAAGCAAACCCAAGGGGUGCUCACGCCGUUGAACGACCCGAAUUUCGUAUUCCAAGGGGCAAUGGACUCGUGCUUUCUUAUCGGGUCAAACGGGCCGAGCUUUGACGUUUUGCCAUAUGUGACCCUGAUGUUUGAUGGGGCGGAGAUGAGUGUGAGUGGGGCGAAAUUAUUGUACCAAGUUCCGGGUAUGACCCGGGGAAGUGACGAAGUGUUUUGUUUGACAUUUGGGAAUUCGGACUUGUUAGGGACAGAGGCUUAUGUGAUUGGGCACCACCAUCAACAAAAUAUAUGGAUGGAGUUUGAUCUUGCCAAUUCUAGGAUGGGAUUAGCUGAAAUCGAUUGUGAAUCUGUAGCUCAAAGAUUGGAAUUACUGAAUUAGGCUUGUAAUUUUUUCGACUAGUUUGGGUUCAUUACAUAGAAAAAGAUGAAACUAUUAAUUUAAGGCAUGCCUACAUACUUAAGAAUAUAUGUUAGUGUGAUGAAGUAAAUGAAAUUAAGUCAUCUAGUGUCCCUAGACAUGUGUGUAAUUACUUGUUAUACAUUCCUGGUCAAAAUCAUUAAUAAAACAUAAGUUAUACAUUUGUGGUCAAAAUAUUUAAUAUAAGUUGAUGUAUACAAAGAAACUAAGUGCCCGUUUGGUAAUA